AUGAAAGAUUUGAAUAAAUUGAGUGAAUACUUGAAUAAUUUUUUAAUCGGUGGAAUUAACCUAUUUUCAGCUCCAGACAGUGUAAAUAAAUUUUCUGAGAAGAGAUUGUUAUUUGAGAAGUCUCUAGUUUGUGGUUCUUUCUGGUCAAUUUCAGCCCUAACAAUUCUUUCUGAACCAAUAUCGCAGUCCAACCUCAUCUCUCUACUCAAGUUACUCAACUCUUGUUUCACCAAUAUUAAUACUUUUUCCUAUACUUCUGUGAAUUCCAACUCUUCCCAUAGUUCUGUGGUCACUAACACAGAGUUUGGACCAGUAUUAAAGGCUUUUAUGGAAUAUAAUAAUAAUUUGUACAGUGAUAAUAUCCAAAGUACACUUUACGCUAUUGAAAUUAACUACUUGUUACGUAAUUUCCCCUUGUAUAAACAGUCCCAAUCCGGAAUUGAUCACUUGCUCCUCACUAGUUCAGACUUGAUUCCCAUAAUAAACUAUAUUAAAUCACUUUAUAACCCUGAAGGUUAUUUUUUCAACCAUUUCAAACCCUCUAACGAAUACUCAAUCCCUCAUUACACUGAUCUUAGGAGCACUAUGUCUGCUCUUUGUGCCUUUACUUUGGCCCUCAAAUUACUCAACUACUACGAAACUCAGAUCACUGAUGAACUCAAUAAAUCAUUUGAUUUGGAUAGAAUUUAUAAAUUUUUAAGGUCUCACUUUAAUUCCGAUGGCGGAAUUUCACUAUCAAAAAAUGCCCAAAGUCAUGUCGCUGGCGCCUUCUGCUGCAUAGGAUCUCUCGUACUAAUUGAAAGAAUCAAUUCCAUAUCUCAUAAAAGAAUUAAAUUACUCAUCAGUUGGCUACUGGAGCGUAUGAGUAUAAAUGGAGGCAUAAAUGGCCGUGUUGGGAAAUCAAAUGACAUAUGUUACAUUUGGUGGUGUUUGUCCACAUUAUUCCUGUUGGUUAAAUAUUAUGACAAACCUGUGAAGUUGUUUAAUCAGACCGUUAUUGCCAGGAUUUCCAGGUUUGUUGAGCAGUCACAAAAUUCUGACGGUGGCUUUUCAGCUAAUAAAUCUCAUGAGAAUUCUGACCCUUAUCAUUCCUUUACAGCUUUACUUUCAAUCGCUUUGCUUAACCAAUUCCACAAUAAAUACAAUAUUCACGAAAUUGAACCUCUUUUCGCCAUUCCAAUCAAUCCAACUCAUUCCACACAAUUAAUUCAUUAA